AUGGCUCCAGGACAGGUCAAGCGUUACGCCAUUGUGGGCAUGGGAGUACGUUCGGCAUUCUACUAUGGGAGCAUUCUUCAAGACUUCGCCGAUGUUGCGACACUUGUUGGACUGUGCGACACAAACCAAACCAGGCUCAACGCUGCCAAUGAACGAAUCAUCGAGCUUGGCGGUGAGAAGCUGCCUACAUAUAAAGCCGAGGAUUUCGACAAGAUGAUUACUGAACAGAAGCCGGACGUGGUGAUUGUCACUACUAUCGACCUUUACCAUCACGUGUACUGUAUCAGGGCCAUGGAGCUCGGCUGUGAUGCAAUCACGGAAAAGCCGAUGACAAUUGACGAAGACAAACUCCAACUCAUGAUUGAUGCCGAGAAAAGGACCGGGAAGCAGAUCAGGGUUCUUUUCAACUAUCGCUACGCCCCACACCAUACCAAGGUUCGCGAAUUGAUCCAGUCGGGCGUCAUAGGAGAGAUCGCUACAGUCCACAUGGACUGGAUUCUGGAUUGUGCCCAUGGAUCAGACUUCAUGCGACGUUGGCAUCGCAACAAAGAAACCAGCGGCGGCAUUCAGAUGCACAAGUCCAUUCACCAUUUUGACUUGGUUCACUUUUGGCUCAAUACUGAGCCCGAACUCGUCUACUGUCUCGGUGAUCUGCGCUUCUACGGCAAGGAGAACGCUCAGCGACGAGGGGUUACAAACCUCGAGGAACGGUACCUCAAUAACGAGCAAGCCAAGAAUGACCCUUUCGCUAUUCACAUCGACGAAAACGCACAGCUGAAGAAGCUCUACCUGGAGGCCGAACAUGAGGAUGGAUACAUCCGGGACCGCAACUGCUUUGCGGACGGCAUCACUAUUGAGGACAAUCUCUCAAUGAUCAUCAAGUACAAGAAUCGCGCGGUCAUGACAUACAACACGUACGCCUACGCUCCAUGGGAGGGCUAUCGCUGCGUUUUCAACGGUAGCAAAGGCCGUAUUGAGAUUAACGUAGUCGAGAGUGGCUAUUCAGCAGGAGGGGAGCCUGUGACGGAGAAGGGUCUGGGAGACUUGGAGAAGAACUACAUUCAAGGAGGUGUAGAGCAGACCAAGAUUGUUGUUUAUCCUCUGUUCGAGGAGCCGUACGUGGUUGACGUUGAGAAGCGUGACGGUGGCCAUGGCGGAGGCGAUCCUGUCUUGCUGCAGGAUGUGCUGAUCGGGAAUCAGGGGGACGAGUUCAAGCGCGCUGCUUACAUCCGCGACGGCGGAAAUGCUGUCCUUGUCGGCGUUGGAGCAAAUCACUCGAUGAAGUCGGGGCUGCCUGUCAUGGUCCAGGAUCUGAUAAGGUGGUAG